GGAUUAUUUAAUCAAUUAAUGGACUAAAUCAAAAAAUUGGACUUUUUGACUCUAGAGUGAGAAAGUAGGCAAAAAAAGCAGAUUGGGUUUUGGCAGCUGUAGCAGUAACUACAAUGGAUAAUUUAACAGAGGACCACCAAGAAUUCAACAUCGGGAUUGACGGCGGCGGCAGUAUAAAUAAUACCGAUAAUCAAUUCAUCGGUAGAGGAGAGAAGGAAAUGGCACCCAUCGCCGGAAAUUCGAUUCACCGGUCAUCGUCGCGGCCGCAGCUGGACCUCAGCGGCGCCGCCAUACAGGGCAAUUUUGAGGAGAGAGAUCCCACCAUUCUUUUGCCCAAUCAAUCCGAUGAUAUUUCUCAUUUGGCUCUCGAUAUUGGAGGAUCUCUCAUUAAAUUGGUGUACUUCUCGAGACACGAGAACCAAACGGUGACCGAUAGGAGGAGAAAGAUAAUCAAUGCACGACUCGGUAUAACCAAUGUGAAUAGAAGGAGCUACCCUAUUCUCGGAGGGAGGCUGCAUUUCGUGAAAUUCGAGACGAAUAAAAUUAACGAGUGCUUGGAUUUCAUCUACUCCAAGCAGCUUCAUCGUGGCGGAAUGGAUUCACGCCAUUGGCAAUCCGAGGGUUCCGUCACCGAAAAUACCAUAAUUAAGGCGACAGGUGGCGGAGCGUACAAGUUUGCCGAUCUUUUCAAGGACAGGCUUGGAAUUAGUAUAGAGAAAGAGGACGAAAUGAAUUGCUUGGUAGCAGGUGCAAAUUUUCUACUCAAGGCAAUUCGGCACGAAGCGUUUACACAUAUGGAGGGGCAAAAGGAGUUUGUGCAGAUUGAUUCCAACGACUUAUUUCCGUAUCUUCUCGUCAAUAUAGGAUCUGGCGUUAGUAUGAUCAAGGUUGAUGGAGAUGGAAUAUUCCAGCGUGUUAGUGGAACAAAUGUCGGUGGAGGCACGUAUUGGGGUCUGGGGAAGCUCUUAACCAAGUGCAAAAGUUUCGAUGAACUGUUGGAGCUGAGCCAAAGGGGAGACAACAGAACCAUUGAUAUGCUUGUUGGAGAUAUUUACGGAGGAAUGGAUUACUCCAAGAUCGGUCUCUCUGCAUCGACUAUUGCUUCUAGUUUUGGCAAAGCUAUAUCCGAAAACAAAGAUCUUGAAGAUUACAGUCCCGAAGAUAUAUCUCUGUCCCUCUUAAGAAUGAUUUCCUACAACAUCGGCCAGAUAGCUUACUUAAACGCGUUGCGUUUCGGACUCAAGCGUAUAUUUUUCGGAGGAUUCUUCAUCCGGGGCCAUGCGUACACGAUGGACACCAUCUCAUUUGCGGUCCAAUUUUGGUCCAAGGGACAAGCGCAAGCGAUGUUUUUGAGACACGAGGGAUUUUUAGGAGCUAUAGGUGCAUUUAUGAGCUACGAAAAACAUGGAUUGGAUGAUCUUAUGGUUCAUCAAUUUGUAGAAAGAUUCCCAAUGGGUGCACCGUAUAUCGGUGGAAGUGUCCACGGCCCACCUUUAGGAGAUCUCAAUGAAAAGAUAUCGUGGAUGGAGAAAUUUGUGCAAAAGGGAACCGAAAUAACUGCUCCAGUCCCGACUGCACCACCAGGAACUACUGGCCUAGGUGGCUUUGAAGUCCCAUCUUCGAAAGGAGAUGCGUUACGACCCGAUGCUAGCAAAUUAAAUGUCGGUGUUCUUCAUCUUGUACCGAGUUUGGAGGUUUUUCCUUUGUUGUCUGAUCCUAAAACGUACGAGCCCAACACUAUAGAUCUUUCAGAUCACGGCGAGUUAGAGUAUUGGUUCACUGUCUUGUCAGAACACAUGCCAGACCUUGUCGAUAAGGCUGUGGCUAGUGAAGGCGGUACGGACGAUGCCAAGAGAAGAGGCGAUGCAUUUGCUCGUGCUUUCUCCGCUCACCUUGCUAGGUUGAUGGAGGAGCCAGCUGCGUACGGGAAGUUGGGCCUGGCCAACCUAUUAGAACUAAGAGAAGAGUGCUUACGAGAGUUUCACUUUCACGACGUCUACAGAAGUAUUAAACAGAGAGAAAACGAGGCGUCGCUAGCUGUUCUACCUGAUCUGUUAAUGGAACUCGACAGUAUGAACGAGGAAACGAGAUUGCUUACGUUAAUUGAAGGUGUACUUGCUGCAAACAUCUUCGAUUGGGGGUCCCGCGCUUGUGUUGACCUCUACCAUAAGGGGACGAUUAUCGAAAUUUACCGAAUGAGUCGCAAUAAAAUGCAAAGGCCUUGGCGGGUAGAUGAUUUCGAUCUUUUCAAAGAGAGGAUGUUUAGUUCAGCAGAAAAGAGGCCUCGACCGUAUAAAAGGGCGUUGCUUUUUGUGGACAACUCGGGCGCCGACAUUGUACUAGGAAUGCUUCCACUUGCAAGAGAACUUCUCAGGCGAGGAACCGAAGUUGUGUUGGUUGCCAACUCACUUCCUGCACUGAAUGACAUUACUGCAAUGGAGUUGCCUGAUAUUGUAGCUGAGGCUGCCAAGCAUUGUGAUAUUCUACGAGGGGCGGCUGAGGCAGGUGGAUUACUUGUGGAUGCGAUGAUAAACGUGCAAGAUAGCCCUAGAGAUAGUUCUUUCUCUGUUCCUUUAAUGGUUGUCGAAAACGGGUGCGGAAGUCCGUGCAUUGACCUCCGCCAGGUCAGCUCUGAGCUGGCUGCUGUUGCCAAGGAUGCUGAUCUGGUUAUUUUGGAAGGGAUGGGACGAUCUCUACAUACGAAUUUCAACGCCAAAUUCAAAUGCGACGCUCUAAAGCUGGCGAUGGUGAAGAAUCAGCGGUUGGCGGCAAAGCUAAUAAACGGAAACAUAUACGACUGUGUCUGCCGGUUUGAACCAGCUAACUGAAAGUAGCCAAAAAAAUAAUUAUAAUAAAUUAAUUAAUUAAUAAAUAAAAAUGGAUGAAUCAUAAGAUUAAAGGAUUAUUUACUUAUGUUACUUUGUUGUUCCAAUUGUCUUAAUUAUAGGUUUUUAUGGAUCAAGAGAACUCUAAUUUGAGGUCAAAGUCAACUGUAAAAUGAUGUGUAGUAUAGUUAUUACUUAUUAAUAAUAAUUAAAAGUCACUUUUUUAUGAAUUUAAAAUCAUAAUAUUUA